AGGAGGGAGGCACUGGUUUGCAACAAUGGUAAAGGAAGAUGUAAAUGACAGUGAAGAUUCUGAACCAUCAGUAUGUGAGAGAAAUGGCGUGAUUCCCAUGCAUGAGCAAAGUGAGCAGGGACCAGCAGCAGAUACCAAAGGUACUGAUGGGAAUGUGCAAACAGAAGAAACUGCUCUCUUGAACCACUGCACUCAGCAACCUCCAGAACCAACAGCAGGGUCUCCAGUACCUGCAAGAACAUGGAGGCAAAUAUUUGCUUGUCCUCCUCAGGGUUUACUGGCCCAAACAGUGACAAAUGUUGCAUUUGUGGUCCUGGUUUGGGCUGUGGUUUGGUCCAUAACUGGGGCUGAGUGUCUCCCAGGUGGAAAUCUCUUUGGAAUUCUAUUUCUUUAUUUCUUUGCUGUCAUCGGAGGUAAAAUUUUUGGAUUCAUUAAAAUAGGAACGCUACCCCCUCUUCCUGCUCUUCUGGGGAUGCUACUUGCUGGUUUCCUAAUCCGAAAUACCCCGUUCAUCAGUGACGUUGUCCAGAUAAACCUACACUGGUCUGCAGCACUGAGGAAUAUUGCUCUUUCCAUUAUCUUGACCCGAGCAGGACUGGGCCUGGAUCCAAAGGCUCUUAAGAAGCUCAAAGGUGUGUGUUUACGGCUUGCUUUCGGACCGUGCCUCUCAGAAACAGGCACAGCUGCUGUCCUUGCCUACUUGUUCCUGCAUUUGCCAUGGCAGUGGGGAUUUAUAUUAGGUUUUGUUCUAGGUGCAGUCUCCCCUGCUGUGGUGGUUCCCUCCAUGCUGAUUUUACAAGCUGGGGGAUAUGGGGUGGAGAAAGGUGUCCCAACUUUGCUAAUGGCAGCUGGCAGCAUCGAUGACAUUCUGGCUAUCACUGGCUUCAACACUUGCCUUGGGAUGGCUUUCUCUUCUGGUUCUACUCUGUACAAUGUGCUCCGUGGAGUGCUUGAGGUCGCUGUUGGCAUAGCAGCUGGGGGAAUUCUGGGAAUGUUCAUUCGAUAUUUCCCAAGUCAUGACCAGGCAUCUUUGGCAUGGAAGAGAUCAUAUUUUGUACUUGGACUGUCCAUGUUUGCUGUUUUUGGCAGCAUCUACUUUGGCUUCCCUGGAUCAGGAGGGCUCUGCACAUUAGUCUUAGCUUUUGUUGCAGGUGUGGGAUGGUCUGAUGAAAAGAGGGAAAUAGAAAAAAUUGUGGCAGUUGCUUGGAAUAUCUUCCAGCCUUUUCUUUUUGGUUUAAUUGGAGCAGAAGUAUCCAUUACAUCUCUUAGGCCUGAAACUGUUGGGCUCUGUGUUGCUAUAUUAGGCAUUGCCCUAGUUGUGCGAAUUGUAGCAACAUUCCUGAUGGUGUCUUUUGCUGGGUUUAAUUUCAAGGAGAAAGUAUUUGUCUCACUGGCAUGGAUUCCCAAAGCCACUGUCCAGGCUGCAAUAGGUUCUCUUGCCCUGGAUACAGCAAGACGACAUCAAGAUGAGCAACUGGAAAAGUAUGGAAUGGAUGUACUGACAGUUGCUUUCUUGGCUAUCUUGAUCACUGCUCCAGUUGGAGCCCUGGCUAUUGGCUUGGCAGGGCCCAGACUUUUGCAGAAGGCUCAGACAAAUAGCAAGGAGGAUGAGGAAGGUGCAGAGGUUGGAGAAGAGGCGGAGGCCUGUGAACCUUCGUAAGACAGACAACUACAGCAGUCUGCUCCGUCAACCCUGACACUUUUGCUGAGUAAAGAUGGCACAUCUCUAAUCUUUCUGGAAGAACCUAAAACUAUCAGUUGCCCCUGCUAUUUUUAAAGCAGCCCUGGUGGUGUUCUAUAAAAUAUUUUUAUGUGAUGAUCGUGCCUUUAGAUGAAAUAGCUGAACAUACAGUGAAUAAGAUGACCUGGCAGUGAGUCACUGAGAAGUUAGCAGUCAAGAGUUGCUUGAAUUGUGUGGGUGGUGAGGCCAGAGAGAGGGUCAGAAUUGUUGAGGCAUGGAGUGGAGUCAUGAGGUAGAAUAUAAACAGAAAAAGAUGGAGACUAAUGUGAAUAACUUCUUGAUGGUUGAAACUGGGCUGUGAAAUGACAAGUUCCACAACUCAAAGAAAGCAACUUCCAAGAGAUUUCUGACUCAUAGUGAACAAGUCCUGCCAUGGGUUGGUGAUUCCGUCUCCUUAUUUGAGUUCUAAAACUUGCCUUUUCCUAUUGCUGUUCUUCCUCAUGGCUGAGGCACUCCUUUGUGCCUUCAAGGACUGUCAGCUCUGGUCAUAGCAAGGAACAGCAAGUCGCACUUACAUGUUCAAGGAGACAGCUGGGGCCAUCCUAGACUGUGGUAAUAGAGAUGUUGGUGCCAGCAGAAAAAAAGUAGAGGGCCUGAAAAUGAGAUGAGGGUUGUGGGAUGGCUAUAGGGACUGGGGAAAGGUUGUAUGGGGUUGGGAUGGCUGCUUCUUCACCUGUGUACCUCUGCCUUCACACAACAUGAUGUCCUGUUCUACAGCCAGGAGUAACCUCCGUUGAUCAAAAUCCUGCUCUUGCCUUUUAGAUUUGGUACCACUUGACAGAUACCAGUAAAUCUGUCUGCCUCUGCUAUGUUUUGUACAAGCAACUAGCUCCAAGUAAGUUGUUAGUAACUCCAUUCGGAGGCAUGGGGUCAGUACAGCAUCCCUCAGAAACUGGAAGUUACUUUGUUAUUUUUUGGAAAGGCUAUUAAAUUGUGCUUGUAACUGAGGCAGACAACACCCUCCUGCAGAUUUCUGCACUAUAGUUCACUGAACUCAUUUUACAGGAUACUGUGUAGAAUACAUUUGAUGGUGUCUAGAUUUUGGCAUUAGUAAGAACUAAUAAUUUCUAUUUUAGCUUUUAAAUUUUUAAUAUGCAAAACGUACAAAAAUACUUUUAACUACUUAAAUACUUCUAAUGUUGACAUUGUACUAUUUGCAGAGAGUCAUAUGUCAUACAGAUGAGCUGUAUAUAGCUCAAUAUGUAUGCCUUUGUAUAAGCCUUACUCUCCAAGCAAAAAGAAAUCUUCCUGAGAAAUACUUAAAUUUCAUAGCCUGCAUUGUGUUGACAAUGAUAAAAAUACCAGGAAAUUCUUUGGUAAGUUUUCCCUUAACAGUUGCCAUGUACAUUAUAUUUUUCUAACUAUGCACACUGCUGUUCUCUCUGCUUCCUCGGGAAUGUACCAUCUUUAGUUCAGUUUGUCUCCUGACCUGAAAGGAAGAUGCUUUCAGAUGGCACCUGAUGGGUUUGAAGCUGGAGCAGUGGUUAAGGGUGCUAUGCUUAGUUGUUAUUGUGACAUACCUGACUUCUGUGCCUGUUCUACUUCACCUGCACUCCUGCUGUUCCCCUGGCCCACUCCUGUUCAGCAUCUUUAUUGAUGAUCUGGAUAAAGGGGAUUGAGUGCAUCCCCAAUAAAUUCAUGGACAACACAGAGCU